AUGGGAUUGCUGGGCAAGAAGGGCCAGGUUGACCUGCGAGCGAAAUAUUCAACAGGCAUAACCAUGGGCCAAGUUGCAGAGGAAGUGAAAACGUUCCUCCUUGGAUCUCAAGAAACCCUGAAUCUGCCGCCAAUGGAUAAACGAACAAGAAAAAUGGUACACGAUUUAGCAAACAAAUUCGAUAUUAAAUCCAAGUCGAUUGGGGCUGGCGAGCAGCGUAGACCAGUCCUUUACCGAACGAAAAAGACGACAUAUAGGGAAGCCGCUUUUGAGCAGGCUGUCAUGCGAAUUAAACGACAAUAUUCACGGCCCUCCCAACCGUCCAAACAAAGUCGACAGAAGCCGUCAGGACGAAAUGAUGCCGGAACUAGCUACCGGGAUGGUGAGGUCAUUGGUGCGUCUGCGCCAGAGUUGGGAAGUGGAAACCGGGGUCGAAAUAUGCUUGAGAAAAUGGGCUGGAGUACCGGAACACCUUUGGGCGCUAGUGAUAAUCAAGGUAUACUGCAUCCUGUGAGUCAAACCAUGAAAAGAACCCGAGCCGGCCUUGGGCAGGGGUAG